GGCACUCCGUGCGUGUGAUUUUGUUUCCGGUUAAUGUUUGGAUGAAUUGGUAGCUUUCUACUUACAUUCUAGCGACGAGUAUUUCUUAAUUCUCAUUCAUUCCUUGAACUUUGAUUGUGCCUGGAACAACUUUAGAUUCUCUCGGUGUAAUUGAGUUACGAAUUCCAUUUACUUUAUUUAGGACUGUGAAGUUGGUUCUGGAAUGGAGCUGGCGUGGGGGAGGGGUAGAAACUCGAUGGAAUCGAUCGCCUGGAUUUGUUUGAAUAGUCAUUUUCGUCGGAAAUGCGUGUUUAAUUAGUGAAAAUUAUUAUAGAAAAGAAAGAUUGAGGAUAUUUGUGUUUUGCGAAAUAAUCGGGAGCUAUGUUGUUAGGUCCUUUGUGAUUGAUGUGAAAUUAUACAACGUUGUUCAUAAACGUACAAUCUGCAAUUGGUGGUUAUCUUCUGCUGUAAAUUUCAGACUUGCCAAUACUUUUGGAUGACUGCCCAAACAAUAUGGAAAAUACAGAGAAGAUAAAUUUUCAAGGAAGAAUAGGUUUACAGAAGAAUUUUGUGAUGACUCAGAAUUUACUCACUGGUAGCAGAAAACGUGAUUAUCUAAGUUGUAGCACAGGGAAGUUUCUUGUAUUACUUUUGAUCUUCGGCUUGGCAUAUCUUUUGUUGACUAGUACUACUCCCGUCCAUGGUCCCAAUCGAGUGGCCAAAGUUGGUGAGAAUAAUGAGAAAGGAGAGUUUAAGAAUAAUGGUGGCAUUAACUUCAGGAACUUAUGGAGAAGAGCUCCUAGGCUUCCUCCUCGAUUACCACCAGAUGAAAAAGGUAGCAAUACUAGCUACCAUUUCGAUCCAAACACAUUAAUCUCUGAGUCGUUAUGGAUUUCAAGGCAACAGAAAGUUAAGGAUGCUUUUAUCCAUGCAUGGUCCGGCUAUAAAAGGUAUGCAAUGGGGUAUGACGAACUUAUGCCACUGAGUCAGCAUGGAACUGAUGGUUUAGGAGGUUUAGGUGCUACGGUUGUGGAUGCCCUUGACACUGCCAUGAUAAUGGGCGCUAGUGAUAUUGUCUCUGAGGCAGGCUCAUGGGUUGAAAAACAUCUUUUGGAUAGAAUUAAGGAAAAAGGUCAAGUCAAUUUAUUUGAGACUACCAUACGUGUUUUAGGUGGUCUCUUAAGUGCAUAUCACUUGAGAGCUGGAGAAUAUGGGAAGAGGUUUGAAAAUGAAGGACCUAAGCCAGCUGUUUAUCUAGAAAUUGCAAAGAACUUGGCUGAUCGUUUGCUAAGUGCUUUUACCUCCAGUCCAACUGCUAUUCCUCUCUGUGAUGUUGUUUUAAAAGAUUCCUCGGCUCAUGCAGCUCCUGGUGGAUCAAGUAGCACAUCCGAAGUAUCUACUUUACAGCUGGAAUUUAAUUAUCUCAGUACUGUUUCAGGUGACCCAAAGUAUUCAAUUGCUGCUAUGAAGGUCUUGGAACACAUGAAGAGCCUUCCGAAAGUGGAAGGUUUGGUUCCCAUCUAUAUUAGCCCUCAAACUGGCCAGUUUAGCGGAGAAACCAUAAGACUGGGAUCUCGUGGUGAUAGCUACUAUGAGUAUCUACUCAAAGUGUGGCUUCAGAAGCGAAGGAGAGAAAAUAAUAAUUUCACUUAUCUACAUGAUAUGUAUGAAGAAGCCAUGAAAGGUGUUAAACAUCUUCUUGUUCGAAAGUCCGUCCCAAAUGGGUUGGUUUUUGUUGGAGAAUUGCCAUAUGGAUCAGAUUCUUCUAUUAGUCCGAAAAUGGACCACCUGGUAUGUUUCUUAUCAGGUACCCUUGCUCUUGGUGCAACCAAGGGCAUCACCAAGGAAGAAGCAAUGAGUAAAAGCUUAUUGAGCUUUGAUGAUCUGGAAAAUCUGAAUCUAGCAGAGGAUCUUGCAAAAACUUGCUAUGAGAUGUAUGAAGUAACCUCUACCGGUCUUGCCCCAGAAAUAGUUUAUUUUCAUACUGAGGAAUAUUCUGAACAAGGCCUUGAUGGUGGAAAUAAAAAUUCGAAAUACAUCGGCGACAUAAUAAUCAAGCCACUGGAUCGUCAUAAUCUGAUGCGGCCCGAAACAGUCGAGUCAUUGUUCGUCCUGUAUCGUAUCACAGGCAAUCCAAAGUACCGAGCAUGGGGGUGGGAGAUUUUUGAAGCAUUCGAGAGGCACACAAAGGUUAGUAGUGGUGGAUAUACAUCACUAGAUGAUGUUACUACAGUUCCUCCCCGGAGAAGGGACAAAAUGGAGACAUUCUUUCUGGGGGAGACACUCAAGUAUUUGUACUUGCUAUUUGGGGACAGUUCCACGAUUCCGUUGGAUAAAUAUGUGUUCAAUACAGAAGCACAUCCGCUACCAAUUGAAGGCAAUAUUCAGAUUAAAUGAUACCAAAAUUGUGUUCGGCGGAAAGGUUGCCAACUAAUCGUACAACAUCGUAGCUCACGGAAGCCUGUCAUGGUAAAAUGGAAGAGAAGGUUUAACUUGCCAAUUCACAUGAGAAGCAUUAACAGGUUUCUCGAUAAUUUAGCCUUUUAGUUGAAUUAUAAUUUUUUUUUUCAAAUACAGGUUUUUGUUUUUCUAGUCUCUGCAUCAUAGUAUAGCUUAAACAAACAUUUUGGACCAUCAUUAAAUUUGUGCACAUGUAGCCAUUUUUCCAGUUUUCUCAUAUAAUUAAUUGCUUUGAAAUACUAAGUUGAAUAUGAGUUGGAACUUGUACUGCGGUAGAUGAUUGUUUCCAUUUGGUUACACUGAACAGCUUCAAUGUCUGUAUUCAUCGGUGGUCCUAUCUGAUAACCAGAGAAUAAAUUGAAUUUAUAUUUUAUGAAGGAACAAUACUAUAAUAA